AUGGCACAACCAGGCAUCCCGGACCUCUCCAAUGCCAUCGUGGCUCAGGAUGAAAUGGGAAGACCUUUCAUCAUCGUGAGAGAUCAAGGCAAAAAGCAAAGAAAGCACGGUAUUGAGGCCACCAAGUCCCAUAUCUUAGCGGCAAGAUCUGUCGCCUCGAUCGUCAAGACCUCCUUGGGUCCUCGUGGUUUGGACAAGAUUUUGGUCAGUCAGGAUGGUGAUAUCACUAUUACCAACGACGGUGCUACUAUUUUGUCUCAGAUGGACUUGGAUAACGAGAUCGCUAAGCUUUUGGUUGAAUUGGCAAAGUCUCAGGAUGACGAGAUUGGUGACGGUACCACCGGUGUUGUUGUCUUGGCUAGUGCCCUCUUGGACCAGGCUUUGGAACUUAUCGAAAAGGGUAUUCAUCCUAUCAAAAUCGCCAAUGGUUUCGACGAAGCAUGUAAGAUUGCAUGCCAACAUCUAGAUGAGGUUGCCGACAAUAUCAGCAUCAGCGCUGAAAAACACGACUCCAACUUGUUGAAGGCUGCCAAGACUUCUUUGGGUUCCAAGAUUGUCUCGAAGGCUCACGAUCAGUUCGCUCAAAUGGCUGUUGACGCUGUUUUGUCUGUGGCUGACAUGGAGAGAAGAGACGUGGACUUUGAGUUGAUCAAGAUGGAAAGCAAAGUCGGUGGUGGUAUCGAGGACUCUACUCUUAUCAAGGGUGUUCUUUUGGACAAGGAAUUCUCUCACCCACAGAUGACCAAGGAAAUCAAGGACUGUAAGAUCGCUAUUUUGACAUGUCCAUUUGAACCUCCAAAGCCAAAGACCAAGCACAAGUUGGAUAUCUCCACCGUGGAGGAAUUCAAGGUGUUGCAAGAAUACGAACAGAAGAAGUUCACUGAAAUGAUUGACAGAGUUAAGGAGUCUGGUGCUAACGUUGUUGCUUGUCAAUGGGGAUUUGACGAUGAAGCUAACCAUUUGUUGUUGGCCAACAAGUUGAAUGCUAUCAGAUGGAUUGGUGGCUCUGAAUUAGAGUUGCUUGCUAUCGCUACUAACGGUCGUAUUGUCCCUAGAUUCGAGCACUUGGCUGCCGAAAAGUUGGGUCACGCCGGUACUAUCAGAGAGCUCGAGUUCGGUACUACCAGAGACCGUAUGUUGGUUAUCGAGGACUGUUCUAACACCAAGGCUGUCACUUGUUUCAUCAGAGGAUCUAACGAGAUGAUUGCCGCUGAAGGUGUCAGAGCUUUGCAUGACUCUAUCUGUGUUGUCAGAAACUUGAUCAGAGACAGCAGAGUCAUCUACGGUGGUGGUGCUGCAGAGUUGACGUGUUCUAUUGCUGUCAGCGAGGCCGCAGACCAACAGAAGGGUAUUGACCAGUACGCUUUCAGAGCUUUCUCUAGCGCCUUGGAUCAGAUCCCACUGACACUUGCCGAAAACUCUGGUCUUGAUCCAAUCGAGACGUUAUCCAACCUUAAAUCCAAGCAGAUUCUCGAAAAGUCUUCUCAGUUAGGUGUUGACUGUUUGGGUAAGGGUACCAACGACAUGAAGGACCUCUUUGUUAUAGACCCCUUGAUUGGGAAGAAGCAGCAGUUGUUGUUGGCUACUCAGUUGACGAGAAUGAUAUUGAAGAUCAACGAUGUGAUCAUCAGCGGGAAAGACGAAUACUAA